AUGCAUCGCACGAAACCUUCCGUGGUCAGUUGGGGUCUCUUUUCUUAUUCUGAGGGCUUUUCAAGAGGUUUUUAUGCCAGAAAACCUGUCAUAAGGCAUCGAAGUCGUACAUGCAGAGAUAAUACAGAAAAACGGCUCUUCGUCUCGAGACCUUAAAAAUUUGCUUUGAAAACCCCUAGCGAAGACUCUUGAAUAGUCUAUCCGUUGACUGCGAUACAGGCCGUUUUUUUGGAAAAGUAUGUGAGAAUAAAAAAGCUUCUAAUAAAGAAAUACAGCAAAAUAACUAAACUUCACACUUUUUAUCCUCUUCAGAGAUCAAACGAGGAAAAGCCUCGGCGUUCGAAGCCGUCAAGAGACGCAUAUUCGACCGUCGGUAGUACACAACCGUCUCUUUAUGCCAGUGAACAGGUUUUUGACUAGUUGGACUUUAAUAAGAAACGUAGGGCUUGGAAAACUAUUUCAAUUCAAUCAACAAAAAAAAAAAUACUUUUUUAAGCUGAAAAAUCGAAAAAAAGCUAUCCUGAAUAUUCUCAAGAACGGAAAAAAACCGGUUUUUCUUGCUUGAAAACCGGUAAAAUUGAGAAAAUCUAGAAAGUUUGAUAAAAAUGAAUAAGUUUGGCUGUUUCCGUUAAUAUAACUGAUCCACGGCUGGCUCGAGCCAUCGCAAAAAGGGUCCUGGCACGAUAACUGAAGAGACAACGGCUAGUUGGUGGAGAGCGAGGACAGGCCACGCCUCUUUAUGUCCCAAGCCAGCCGGUUAUAUUUCCUUUUUGGGCGCUGUCAUUUUUUAAAAUCCUAGAAAGUUCUUUUCGGGCGCUGCCAAAUUUAAGAAAAAAAAAUCGAUUGGAAAAAAAGUGCAUAAAUAUGUAAUAUGGCGUAGAGUUGUUCUAUAGUUUUCCUUGUCAAAAAAUCUACAAUAAUUUUCAAAAUUAAAAAAAAAAUCCUUUACAGGUUGUCGAAGCGCCGCCAGCUGCAGCAGCGGCUCACAACAGCACGCCUCUGUCUAAAAGAAGUGUAUUCCAAAAUCUUUCAAAAGUUGAUUAUCUCAAAAAGAAAAAGAAGAAAACAAAGAUUGAAUUUAGAGAAUGAGUGUAUUAAAGGUAACGACAAAAAAGGCGACGAAACGAAGUCUAAAGGACCAUCUUCCCAACGGCGGUCAGGUGAACUCGCCUGGAUUUUUGAAAAUUGGCAGAGAUGAAGAAAAAUUUUUAGUAACUUCUUUUUUAUUGCAAAUUCACCUGCCAAUCACGAUGACCUAUCUAGGCGUUUUUCGACGACGCCACGCCCACUUUUUCUCCUUAAAGUGUCGUGUGUCGUGUGCAUACACUGCGCCGCUUUCGCGCAGAAAAUUGCUUUCAUGUAGAGAAAUUUCGAUUCGUCUCGGCGACCUGCGCCUUUAAUAUGCCCUGUUAUUUACGCUCUUAGAGCCAAAAUAUCCACCGUUCCCACGUGACGUCACAUGGAAACGGUGGAUAUUUUGGCUCCGCCCACCGUUUUUUUGGUUUUUCAUUAUCUCCCACUAACAAAAACGCCGUGAUGUUUGAAUUUGAAGAAAAUGACGAGCAACAAGAAAUCGAUAAAGUUAAAGCAAAAGCAAUCGUUUACAAAGUCGCCGUUGAAAGUGGCGGGUUCGAUGUCAGAGAAAAAGUUUGAUUUUUGAAAAUUAUUGAAUAAUUUCUCUUCCUUUUUCAGGCAUAUGCGUAGACCAUGUGAGUUUGGACUAGUUUUUUUUCAGUUGGUUAAUUUUUGGGAGCCAAAAUAGAGAGGAUUUAUGGCGUCUCUGAGGCUUCAUAACUAGUUUAAAAAUGGAUUCACGGCAUUCUUAAUUGGGUGAGGGAAGGUGAGCGAGGCGUCAAAGUUUCUGAAUUUACAAAAAAUAGUGAGUGCGCUCUCCGGAUAAAAGAACUGUGACGUCACAGCUACCUAUCGUUGCAAAUUAAACUGAGUAUUCAACGGCAUGAAGAUAAAAUUUGGCUGCGUACUUGAGAUUUCAAAUUUCGCGCCAAAAUCUUUUUGACGUCUCCCCACCCCGUUUGGGAACGCCGUGGGAUUAUUUUCAGUCUGUUUUCGAAAAUGUCAUAGCUAUUUCUCAAAAUUUUCAAUUUUGUGCACUUUUCUCCUUAGAAAUCUAGUAUAGCUGAUUUACGGCCAUCAAAAAAGGGUCCUGACACGAUAGCAAAAGAGACAGUGCCUGGUUGGCGGAGAGGCCAGACAGGCCACGCCCCUCAACGUCCCAAGUUAGCCGUGAAUUGACUAUGAUUGUCAACAAGCCUUUUCGAAAAAAUAUAAUUUUCGACCUUUUCUUCAGUAUCAAAAGGCCCCAUCAUAGCCACGCCGCCAAAAACAAAGAACGGCAGUGGCUCCGUGAGCUCAAAAGACGCAAAUCGUGACGAAAUCAUGAAGAAAAAAGCUGAACCGGUCGAGCCUGUAGUCCUCAAAAAACCGAAGAGCAAUCGGGAUCGAGACGCGAAUAAAACGGACAAUAGCUUUCGGAAGAAAAAGAGCGGCGGUCAGCCCAAAAGGUUGCUUUUGAGAUUGAUAAUCCCAAUAUUUAUAUAAUAAAGAAGGUCAAUAAAGGUAGCUCAGUUUUCGUGAUUUAAAAACGAUUCCCCAAAUCAAAAACUUGGGCCAAGUAAAAAUCUGAAGCUGUGUCCGGCUUUGAGCUACUUCUUCUGAUUUUAUCCCUCAAUAAAAAAUCAAUAGUUCAAAUUUUAAUAUCAAAGUGCCUUAAUCCGAGUCCCUAAAGAUCUCCGGCCUGUUCAAGCUGAACCGCAGCGCAACCGCGACGCGUUGAAAAUUUCGACUUGAACUUUAUCCAGCAAAUCUUUUCAGAAAAGGCAGUCACGAGCAUUCGCAGAAAGAGAAUGAUAACAGCGCACAGAAAGGAAAAAAAGUUUGUUUCAGUUUAAUUAUUAUUUUUUUCGGAAAAAUACAACGUUAUUCUUCUGAAAAAUUUCAUACAAGGAAAGUAAAUUGAGUAAGAAUUUUCUAACUUGAUCUGCGGAAGUUUUCAGGAAAGACAGUCGCGAGCAGGAGAAUAAAGACAAGGAGAACAGUGGACAAAAGGGAAAGAACGACAAAUAGUUCGUUUUUGGCCUUUUUUUUUGUUUUUGGAUCGGUUUGAGAUGCGAAGCGGCUUUGAUGCAACAAACCGGAAAAAAGCAAAUUCAUAUUUAGUUCUUUAAAAGUUUAUAAUCGCACGUGGAAGAUGUUUCCUGACUUGAAAUGACUUGCGCGCUAUCAAGGGAGGCCAUUUUGAUGUGAAGCUUGUUUUUUUGAUCCUAUAACUUUUUCAAAGGUCUAGCUGAGAUCCUUCUUUUCGGCUUGAAAAUCUUAAAAAAGUACUGAACUUCCCUCCAAAAUUACCUCUCUACCCAUUCCACGUGCGGCCAUACAGCAUUUAAAUGUAUAUAUUUAUCGGAGUAUAUAUAUACAUUUUCUCAAUUUAGCAAAGAGAUUUGGAAUCAGCCGAUGGCCGUAGUGAGCUGCGAAAACGCCGUCAAGGAACAUUUCAGCCGUCGGAGGGCCAAAAGAGCCAAGGAAGCCCAAGAUGUUUGAUUAGUUUGAAUUCGACGGAAAUUCCUCGCUCGCUUGAGAAUCGAAAAAUACUCACAGAUUGAGUUAAAAAUAGUGUAAAAUUUACAAAAAAACUCGUUCGGAAACUUCGUGAGACGAUCAAUGAGUAAUACAUUAAUGCUUUCUGACCCCUAAUUCUUGUAGGGACCACUUGAACUAUAAGAGCUACGGAGUCAGACCCUAGAACCCUAUAGGGACCACUUUUUCGUCCCCUAUGUGGGAUGUUUACCUCCCUAGAGGGACCACUCUGGAAUUCCUAAAAGAGCGCGUUUUUUCUUACUAGGAAACUACUCGGACUCGGGUACGCAGAUCGAGUUCAAACUUCAGUGGUUUAUAGACCCAAGUCAGAAUACUCGAAAACAAGAGAGAAUAUCUGCUAAACCCAUUAGAGAACUGAGAAAAAAUUAGUAGGAAAUGUGAAAAUUAGGCCUGAAAAUUUCCAAAAUACUGCGUUUUAUCUUAUUUUAUAUUUUAAUACAAUCGUCUUGAAUGAUCCGGCUAUGAUAAACUCUAAAAAACUUUUUUUUCCAGCCAAAAGAAGAAGGAAAGCAAAUAUUUGAUAAUUUUCAAGCCUAAACUGUUCAUUUUCAAAAAGCUUUUUCUCAGUUCUCUAUGGGGUUUAGCAGAUAAUCUCUCUUGUUUCCAACUACUCUUACCCGGGUCUAUAAGCCACCAAAGUUUCAACUCGAAACGCAUACCCGAGUCCGAGUAGUUCCCUAGUUAGUUUUUUCACCCAACUUGCUCCAUGUUUUUUUUUUUGGUUUCUGAACCCCUAUAGGGAUCACUUGAGCUAUAAAGGCUGUGGAGACCCUUUUAGGGUUCUCCUGAUUUUUAGUUUUGUAGAGACCACUUUUUCGUCCCCUAUAAUGGCUGUUUCCAUCUUAAACCCUAUAGGAACCACUCAGGACUCCCUAAAUCUUUUUUCUUAAUUUUUUCACCCACUUUGCUUCAUGUUCUUUCUGGGUUCUGAACCCCUAAAGGACCACUUGAGCUUUGAGAGCUAAGGAGACCCCUAUUGGGUCCUCCUAAAUUUUACCUCUAUAGUGACCACUUGGCUGUUUUUCUCCUAACCCCUAUAGGAACCACUCUGAAAUUCUUAAGUAUACGUUCAAAAUUCUGUAAAUUCAAUACCCGAACAUCUUUUCUGAAAAAAGGAUCUUUCAAAGUCCAUACCUUUAUGUCACUAAUUUCGACUUAUUCUGUAAAAAAGAGAGUUCAAACUUUUCCUGUCUCAAGCUAGCGGUGGAUAAAGAAAUUCUAUAAAUUCCAAUCUAUCUUGAAUUUUUUAAGAAGGCCAAGAACGUCAACUUGGACGUGAUACCGGCAAGGGAGCCAGUCUUGAGAGGGGUUAUUUUCAAUUUGAAUAUAUUUUUUUAAAUGAGUAAUUUUUUUCAGAGAACUCGCCUACCCAUUUCGGAAAUCUGUGUGGUAUUUUUUUGAUUUUCGUUGUUGGAAAUUUGGAAAUUGGAAUUUUAGGAAGAAGCGACCUACGACGAGAACUUGAGGAAGAAGGUGGAAAAGUCGAAAGAAGUGAUUGACGAGAACGGGACGCCGUUCUGGUGUAAAAGCAGUGGCGACAUAGAGUCGGAGAGCGAGCUUGUCGCGGUUGGUUUUAGAACUUAGGCGAAAUCUAGGAAGGUUUAUGGAAGCUAGAAGGUCUUAAGAAAGCCUUUGGAAGUUGUUCGGAAGGAAGAUGGAAUGUGAAAAUGGAUAGGCUUCUGGAAGGCUUCCGACAGCCUUUUUUUCUGAGUAGAAAGUGUUAGGAAGCAAUGUGAAAGGCUUGAGAAAAGGGUUUCAGUACUUCUAAGAAGCUUUCCAGGAAGGCGCUGAACUCGAAGGUCGACUGACGUCGGAUCACGUCAUCCAGGCCUGCGAGGGCAUUAUCACCCUAUCUCCGCCCGUUCCGCUCCCGACUUUCGACGUCUACGCCGAUUUGGUCGAGCUGAGCGGCCAGGACGACGUCCAUUUCUCUAUUGACAUGGUCGUCAGCAACACUAUAAGGAGCAUGACCAACGGUGGGUAAAAAAGCUUUUUUAUAGUCCGUGUGCCACGACUCGAAAUUUCACGGAACGACAUCCCGCUGUUCCACUGCGUGCGUUCGCGAAGAGUCUUUCGAAUCUAGGUCACGCUUUCAUUUGAUCGUUAUUGCUCUGGGAUGAAAGUAGAGUGCCUUGAUAGAAGAAAAAGAAAAUUAAAAGCGCGACCAAGGUUCGCAAGGCGCGCAGCUGAACAGCGGAAUGUCGUUUGGUGAAAUUCCGUCGUGGUACACGGGCUAUAACAGAUCUUUCUGAAUUCCGGUUUGAACUAACUUAACGCCGGACGUUUCUGAGCAUUUCUAGGGACCACUCUAGCGUCUUUUCUUAAGGGAAGUAUUAAGGGAUCUUUAGAAUUGCUCAGAAACGCCCAAUUUGCGUCACCGUGGUCCGAACAUCUUGGGUGUUUUUCAGACACAUAUUCAGAAUCUACAUGAACAACUACACACAGUUGACCUGGUGAUUUGGUGACAACAGAAAAAAUUGAAAUUUGAAGGAAACGAACUCGGACCUUUGCAACGCGAACUGGACGCGCCCCGGACUGGAGGGGAAUUUCUAGUGGCCACUUUAGUAGCGUCAGCAAUCUUAAGUGACCCCUAGAAUCGACCAGAAACGUCCGGAGCACGUCCGUUUUGCGUUAACAAUGUCCGAGAAGGAAAAGGAUAUCAAAAAAAAGGGCCAUGUGUUAUUGCGCGUAGAGCAAUCUUACUGCAAACGCGAGAAAUUCAAAUCUUUUCUAUACAACUUUGGUUGAUCUUUUCUUCCAAUCUGGGAACUUUCAAAUAUCUUGAAGUAUACCUUUGAACGCGCAAUAAAAAGCUCUACGAAUUUAACUGAAACGCCAUUUUUUACGGCUUAAACCUAAGAGUUAGUACUGACUCGAGUUUAAAAAAGGGUUAGGGUGAAAAUGUAUGACCUUGAGGGGCUAAAACUCUUUUCACAAGAUUCCUGGGCGUUUUUAAAGCAUAUUUCCGGAAUCUGCAUGAAAAACUACAUCUAGUUGAGCUCGAAAAUAAAAUUUUGACUUUAUAAUAUUACCUAGUGAGAAGUUGCAUUCAUUUCUUCAGGUCCAAAAAUUCAAAAGCUGAAAAUCAUUUUUCAGACGUGAUGAAAGGACCGAAAGAAGAGAAAACGCUACACCAUAAUUCGAUUAUGGCGCCAGCUCCUGGCAACGUUCCAAAACCAAAUGAUCUAGUCAAUCUGCCCACUUUCCCUGUAGUCCAUUACAGUUAUGAUGUUCGUUUUUUUCGUUUUAUCGUUUUUAAUAUCAUUUAUUUUAAUGGUAGAGCUCAUUCUCUUCUAUAAAUUCAAUUUCCAGAGGAAGCACCCGAUCGAAACGGCGGCCAAGGCGGUGAAAAAGCAAAAGGACUCGCAAAAGCCAUCUUGA